UGUGUAAACCUUGCCUGGAUGGCUGGGUGCUGUUUCGGUCAAGCUGUUACUUUUUUUCCCAACAUCAAUAUUCGGCUUAUUGGAGGAGCUGGGAUGAAAGUCGUGAUCAAUGCAAAAGGCAUCAGGCGGCUCUGGUAGUGAUCGAAAGUCAGGAAGAACAGGAAUUUAUCAGCAACCACACUAAGGACUAUCACGCUGAUGAUAAGCACGGCUACUGGAUCGGUUUGAGAGCAGAGAGCCCAAAGACGUGGACGUGGGUCGAUGGAAGUAAUCUCACCGUGAC